AGUAAACAAAAUUAAGUAUGCGUUAAACAUCACGAUUUAACGUGCUUUUUUAAGAAUAAAAUCAUCUAGUAGAACUAGUAGUGUUCUGAUCAAUCGCUUGUGUUAUGAGCAGGCGUGUGUGAAGUAUAUCUUAAAUUAACUCCCUACAGUUAAAACAAAAGUAUCAGAUCACAUAAACAUGGACCAGAAAGCCUCCUUCGUCCUCGCUGUGGUCUUCUGUUUCUGUCUCUUCGUCGUUCACGCAGAAGCGUUCGACUGUUACUCGUGUUCCUACACCAUAUCCAGUGAUCCUAGGGUCGAUUACGUAUGCGCAAACGACUCCAAGGCGGCAUCAAAGUCUCUUCUUCCUUGCCAGACGCCCAACCAGUGCUACACAAAAGCGGUCUUCAACCUAGAAAGGACCCAAGUGCGUUCUGUCUACCGCUCAUGUUAUCCACCCCAGGAAUUGUGUACCGGGGCAAACUGCUGCGCGAUGGAAGGGAUUUACCCAGCGUGUGAACAGAAGUGUCGCACUGAACUGUGUAACUCGCUUAACGUGGAAUCAUGGCUUCUAGACCCGACAACCAAAUCUCCCAAGGGUGCGGCAUCUUCCUUCAAAACCAACUCGUGGUUGAUUAUGUGUUCAGUUUCGCUGUAUUUGAGAUUGUUGUAAUUCACAUUUUGUUGAAU